UAGUGAUAAUUUAAUAAAAAUGAUUCAAUUUUAUUCAUAAAAGUAUGCAAUCAUUUCAUCAAGGUUUUGUUAUGACGUCACGUUAAACUAUCGUCCGUAAACCGACUUUACAGACAGCCAAUUUUUUUUUACAACCAUUUAAAUAUUUGUGACCGAUCAACAAAUGCUAGGGAUCUAUAGUAAUAGUCUUAAGUUUACGGAACUAGCCUUCAACUAAUAGUAAUACCGAGAAAAUGAAAACAAAAAUCAACAUGGCUAGUGAAACCCACCCUAACACUUGCGGGUAGCUGAGUACUUCAGUUUCUUCCGCCUUAUUCGGUACGGAAGUCCUUCAAGUUAACUUUCAACAGGGUUACCAGCAUCAGAAAAAAAAUCAGGGAAUAUUGAGGCGAUGUGCGGCCGGCCAUGAGGCCCGGAGCGACGGCCGCGCCGGGGGCGUGAUGGACCGCGGCCCGCCCCCGCGACUCUCCGCCCCUCCGCCGCCCCCGCCCCCGCUGCUGCUGCUGCGGCUGCUCGCGCUCCUGCUGCUCAUGGCUGGUCGGUGCGGGGCGUGCCGCGUGGAGCAGUGCUCCAGCGAGUACGGAGACCACCAGAAGCUGCAGGACUUCAAGGCCACGCCCGAGUCGUGCCGCCUGGCCUACGCCUAUCUGCGCUGCCUGCGCGAGACGGCGCGCGCCUGCCGCGGCGACAUCAGCUUCCACUUCGCCUCCAGCUGGCUGGACAAGAAGGUCACGCAGAACGGCUGCGCGGCGCUGCUCCGGGUCGCCGCCACGCAGCGCUCCACGACGGCUUCGGGCGAGGAGGACGAGGAGGAGGCGGCGUGGACGCCGGAGGCCUCGACCAGCGCCGCUAUGCCGCCGCCGCCGCCGACGCCGCCGCCGCACUGCGCGUGGCGCGGCCGGCGCAGGUUCCGGCACUGCGGCCUGUUCGGCGACCCGCACCUCAAGACGUUCCACAACGAGUACCAGACGUGCCGCGUGCGCGGCGCGUGGCCGCUGGUCGACAACCCCUACCUGGCGGUGCAGGUGACCAACGAGCCCGUCGUGGAGGGCUCUCCGGCCACCGCCACCACCAAGGUGACGGUGAUCGUGCGCGGCAAGGACACCAAUUGCACGCCUGAGAAGACGUACGAGGCGCAGUCGGACGCGCCCCUGCCCGGCACGUUCAUCGACGGCACGCGGCAGUCGGGUCCGGACCGCUGCGUGCUGCUGACGGUGCACGACGGCGGGGAGCGCGUGGAGAUCUCGGCGCUGCACGUCGCCGGCACCGUGGUGGUGCGGCGCUCGGGCCGCUACCUGGCCGUGGCCGCCCGGCUGCCCGAGGAGCUGGCCCUGGGGGCCGCCGCCCCGGGGGCCCUGCAGCUGUGCGCCCGCGGCUGCCCCGCGGCCGAGCGCCUGGACGCCUCCCCCCCCUCGGCCGCCCCGGGCCCGGGCGACGACGGCCGCCCGCUGCCCUGGGAGGCGGCGCUGGCUCGCUGCCGACGCUCCCCCGGCCUUGCCCCGCCCUACCUCGACUGGUGCGCCUUCGACCUCAUGACCACGGCGGCCGACGAGUUCGUGGCGGCGGCGCGGUCGGCGCAGGAGGACGUGAUGCGGCUGGACCCGGGCUCGCUCGACGGCAACCCGCCGGGGGUCUCCUCUUCAUCAUCGUCGUCAUCGUCCCUUGCGAGGUCCUGGGCGGCGGGGGCGGUGGCUAUCCUGGCGGCGCUGGCCGCCGCGGGCGCGUGAUCGCAUCUCUUCCCGGUGGUGCCUUCAGUACAUCGCGCCGCGGUGUGUUCGUCGGGCCGAAUCCCUGGGCCAUCUGUCGAGAAUAUAUAAACACUAAUACGUUAAAAAAAAAAAAAAAAAAAAAAAAAAACCUACUGUUUGUGGACCACAAUCGAUUUCGUGUGGGGAAGAAGUCAUGAUAGUACAAAAUAGAUAAUAGAGGCUGGAAACAGUUUAAAGUUCAUCAGUGCCCAGAGAUUUUUUUUUGGUGAAGUUUAAUGGAUCACUCAAACGUUGAGAUCACAAAAAAACAAUAAAAUGACACAAAAUGACAAAUCUUUUAAACAAAAAAAUUUUUUUAUUGCGACGAGUGUUCAACUUUUUUCCUUUGAUUUAGUUCCUGAAUUGUAUAACGUUCAAUGUACAGUGUGAUGUGACAAGUUGAGAAAAAAAAAAUGACUGAUAAGUUGUAUUGUUUUCAGAGUUUGUUCCAAACUUUUAAUUUUUUAAAACUGAGCACUUUAAAUUAUAAUUUUUCUGUUAAUUUUGAAAAUAUUUAUAGUUAAAUUGUAGUGAGUUUUAUGUGAUUUUAAGGGGGGG